UCUCGCCAUCAGCGCACAACUCGUCACGCCUGACCCAAACACGCACGUCUCGCGGCCGGGACUUGACACAGUGUUAGAACAUGCUGCGAUUAUCGCUUUUUGUUCUGGUUUCUGUUGGAAUAGAUCUGCUUCAUGGUCAGGAGUGCAGCCUACAACUGGUACCACAAGUACCUAUCAUCCAGGUUGCCAGGGGCAACAACGUCACCAUCUUAUGUGAUGCAAGUUGCUAUGGCCGACAUUCAACCAAUCGGUUCUCUUGGUACGACCGACAUAACCAGCCAAUCGGGACGUCUGGCAGGGUAUUUUCUGUACAGUACAACCGUGGGAUGUUUGCCCGUCUCAUCCUGCUCAACACUGACUUCAGCGAAACGGGGCGGUACACAUGCGCAGGGCGCGCUGGCGUUGAUGUGGUGCAGAAAUAUAUCGACAUCAGCGUGACAGAGAAAGACUUCGAAGUUGUUGAAUACGUUGACGAUGGACCUCGUAGGGGAGAUGUACGUGUUGACGAACCGUUCUUGCCUAGACGUCGGCCCGCAAGAGAUGUUAGAAACAGGCGUGCAGCAGAGGAUGCAGCAGAGGAUACGACAAUGUCCACUACAGACAGCAAUGCUGCGAUCACAACACAGGAAGGUGACGGAUCAGGAUCCACGACUGAUGUCCCUACUGAUACAAUAGGCAUGACUGACAAUCCAGCUGAAGGAGAACCAUCCAUGGGUGGGUCAACAACAGCGACAGGCCAAUCAUCCUACGAAACUACCCCAAAUGCCUUUCCGACCAACACUUCCUCAAAGAACACCCAAGUCCAAUCCGCGACAGAGCAAUCACCAUCUGGAUUGACAUUAUCCCAAGUCCAAUCCACGACAGCGCAAUCACCAUCUGGAUCGAAAACAUCCCCAUCUUCUAACUCCUCAGAAACCCCCAAGGGACAAACCACCGAUCGUGCUUCAACGGUUACUGUUCCAUCACCACCAGCGGCAGGCAAAUCAACUAGUAGACCUUCAACGAAUAAACCACCUACAAAGUCGUCUGCUAACGUAACAGGCUAUAAGGGCAUAUACAAAAGGGAUAAAACAGCCUUUGGGAAAUACGGAGUUUUAGCGUUUGCUCUGGCUCUAAGUGCAGCCAUUCUUCUUUUGUACACACUCAUCCUCCUGAACGUGAUCAUUCCACGAUGCUGCACGAACAGGCAGUCGGUCAGUUUCCGGGAAGCGUCAGACAGCAAACAUAAACAAAAUGGUCCUUCUGCAGUAGAUGCUGUUGCCAUGAAACCUUUGGUUAUUGAACCUAGACCAAACAGUCCGGAUGACGGAUUUAUGACAGUGGAUUUGGAUGACAAAGUUGAUCCCAAACCAAAUUCAACUACGCCAGGGGAAAAAGCAGAUGCACCAGUAUCACCAAGUUCUGAUCCAGGGAGUCCAUCCAAGUUCGUGAGUACAUUCCUGAUUGGCCGGAAGCCUUCAGAAAGCACCUCUCUUGGUGUGUAUCUGCACGAAGGCAAGCCCGGGGAUACAGUGCAGGUCACCUCAGAGACUGAUGGCAGCCAGGGGACCUCAGAUCCCACACCUGAACAGAACACCGCAGGAGAAACGAAAACUGAAGAGGAAAAGAAGGACCUCGGGGACCAGUCUCCCAAAGAAAAUGUGGAUACCAGUACUGAGGUCGACACCAGCACUGCCACUAAAGACACGUCAGCCAGCAGCUCGGACCUGGGGGACCUGCCUUCAGCAGGGCUAAAGACCUGAGGUUCUGUGUGGAAAGUGUGGACUGUUUCAGCUUGCAACUUGUGACAACUUACGGCUAUCUGAAGCUUGAUUACAAUGCUCUUUUCACAUACUCAACUUAAUCCAGUUUACUUCUCAAUUACGGCAUAAUGCAGCAAAGUCAUGUCAUCAAUUUGAAAAUAUAAAAAAUUAUCUUAAUGUCCAAAACUAUAUUGAUGCUUGGGGACUGGUCAUUUAUCAUUAUGUAUAGAAGGUUGGGGUUUAGGUGGGUUGGGGUUGGGGUUGGGGGUCAGAAGGAAUUAGGGUAGGUCACCAAAUAAAAUGACAGUCUGUAGGUACGGGUCAUCAAAAUAUUCAACAUAUUUGGGUAGGGUCAUAAAAGAAUGGGCAUUUUAUAAUAAAAUAUAAAUUUGAGGGUCAUGAACAAGAAGGAAAUGACAUAGGUCAACCAAACAUAACAUUAGGAGAGGGUCUUUACUUUUAGUACCUCACGAAGAGGUGACAAAACACCCCCAGUAAGAACUGACCGGUUUCUUUGUGUCUUUGAUACCAUUGUGAAACAUGACAUCAUUGAAUGAUAAAACCCACAAUGGGCAUAUCAUUAUUUAUUCACCAAAUCCUCAUCAUGCUCUAAGCACUACUUCAUUACACUGGUCAAUGGAUCAGUGGUGUCAAUUUUAAUUCCCAGCUCCCUGGGGAAUAUACAACCAAAGGUGCCUUUGAAGGUUAACAAUCACAUUAUCAUCUCAUCCUACCUGGUACCCAUUCACUACUGGGUGGUGUAAUUUCAAUGAGCUUGAAGAAAAUACCUUGUAUAUGUGGGAUGUAUUGUUUCACAUAACAUCAAUUUAAAACAUGAAUUAUUCAGGGAGUAGUUUCAGUACCAACAUGUAACCUGCUGAGGUAGUUGCCUGACAAUUUACAUGCAUCAGAAGUCAUUCUACUUGAGCAACUCAAGCACAAAGUACAAAGUUUUAGUUCUUUCAAGAAAUUGUAGAUCAUGGGUCGUGUCAUACAUCAUAAAUCUAAUGAAACUGUACUGUGACUCUGAAUUAUAUCAGAGGAACUGCAAAUGCAUCUAUCUAUCAUUACUGAGAGAGUAUGGGUGGGCAGGUGAGUGAGUGGGAAAGUGCAAGAGUGAUUGGGAAGUUCAGUGAAUGAGUGUGUGGACAGGUGAGUGAUUGGGAAGUUGAGUGAGUGAAUGAGUGAGUGGACUGGACUGGUAAAUGGAAGGUGAGUGAGUGAAUGAGUGAGUGGACAGGUGAGUAAGUGAAUGAAUGAAUGGACAGGUGAGAAGGUAAAUGAGUGAGAGGGAAGUUGAGUGAGUGAGUAGACAUAAGAGAGAGGGAAGGUGUAUGUGUGAGUGAGUGAAUGAGUGGACAGGUGAGUGAGUGAGUUUAGUUUUAUGCUGCUUUUAGCACUAUGCCAGCAAUAUCACAGCAGGGGGCACCAGGAAUGACUUCACACAUUGUACACAUAUGGGAAUCAAAUCCAGUCUUUAACCAGGAGCCUACCCACCGCCCCAGUGAGUGAGUGACUGAGUGAGUGACUGAGUGUAUCAGGGGCAAUUGAAUUAACUUGGUCCUGAUGAGCACAGACUUAACAACAACACCCACAUCUAUCCAGAAGAGUCAAACAAAUGAAUAUAGGCUGCAGCUGUACCCAAAAACUGCAAGGAUACUGAAGACAUAUUUUAUAGAAAGUUUCCAAGUGGGGCCAGGUACUAAACUAAAUUUUGACAAAUUAGAUAGCUGCAUGUGAACUACCACUAACCUGAAGAUGAAAAUACAUCGAUAAUCUCUGUGGGAAAAGAGAUAUAUUGUGAAAGGUUGUUCUUGGAUUGUAUAUAAUUGUAAUAUAUCAAAAGAAUGUGUUUGUAUCAACUCUCGUCUUUCUGAAGUUAUCAAGUUUACAAAUCUUGUAUCUUAAAACAUCAAAUAUGUACAAGUUUCAUAAAAUAGAUGUUAUCUAAAUGAGAAGACAUGCACAUUUUAAUAUAUAAAGAAAUAUUUAAAAAGCACUCACAUAGCACACAUUUGUGUGUUGUGUGAUUAUUUUGUGAAAUUCCUCUCUUUAUUUUAACAAAUAUAGUUUGCUUUACAAUUAAUUAAUAGAUAUUUGUAUACUCACUUUGGUUUCCACAACAACUAUAACUCAGGCAAGGCCAAUUUUAUAUCUUGUUUUACAGAUCCGCCGGUCGUAUUUUUUCAAGAAUAAGAACAAAUAAAAAAUAAUUUUCCCCGCUCAAAAAAUAAAAUCUUAAUGUUUAGAUAUACGGGAGCAAGACCUCGACUACGCAAGGCAGUUGUUGGUCACUAAAACACCAAUAUCUGUUCUCAGAGACUUUUAACUGAAUUAUCUAACCAUAUUUGUGUUAGAAUCAGUGCUUCGAACACGACAGCAAGUGUGAACUUGAAACACAAUGCCUUUGAAAAACUCAUGUGGGCUUUUGCUCUGAUUUAUAUUUUUUUUCCUUCCUGCUUUAGGUUUUGUGAGGACAAAAAUCUGUAAAACCAGAAACAAAUUUGGUCUGGCCUAAAGAUCUUCUUUUGACCAGUGGUCAUGAUCAAUGCAUAAAUGUGUCUACAGUUUCACUCUCCACACCACUGAUUAAAGCACAUAAGUGUCAUUUGUAACUUAUUAUGAAGUUUUAAAGUUCCAUGCUAUUUGUAGAAAUGGGUCCAGUUUAUUUCUCUGUCAUGUAUACAAACACACAAUGAAAACACAUGAUUAAGUUGAAAUUGGAAAAGAACUGUUUUCUGCAAAUACAUCACCUGAGGUUUAAAGAGAUACCACGACAUUAUUGUGUUCUUGUAAUAUGACCUUUGUGGCCAUUUCCCCAAUAUUACAAAAAACAACAACUCUUCUUUUUCCUUUUCACUGUAUAUAUACCUACAAACUGCAGGUUCCAAUAUUCAAGCAUGUUUAUCUUAGUAAUUUAUUUGUAAUUAUUUACAGUGGCCAUACUGCUUGUUUAGUUUAUUUUAGUUUCCUUUAAAAUUUUUGAGUGUUGAUUUCUUUAAUUUAGCAUGUUUGUGAAUUUUGAUCAUACAGGAUCAUACUUUCACAGAAAAUAUUUUAUUUGUUUUUGGAUUUGCAUGCACAGACCCAAGUUGAUCUUCACUCAAGGCAUUUAUGUAAAUAAAUAUUUCUUGUGGAAAAGAAAGAUUCAUGACUAAAGAUCCUAUACUUAUCUACUUCAAAGUUGCCAGUUUCUUCACAUCAAUCUACUUCUUAACUGAUUACUAAUUACACAUGGCAUGAGAUUAUUACAAAUUAUUUUUAUAUUUUGUUUCAAUAAAUUGAUCAAAUCUC